UUGACAUUUCAAGAAAUGAUGACAUUUGAUGUUUUUAUCAGGUUUUGUUGGUGCGAACGCAGAAUUUGUUAAAAAAAAUACUUUAAAUUCAUCUGCAAAAUAAACAAAGUCUCACGAAUCACUUAACUCACCAUUAAGUAAAAUGCUUGCAAAUUACAUUACCAGAUCUUUACAGAGCGUGCGAGGUGGUUUACGUGCAAUUGCAACUUCUACCGUGCAGAAUAGCGACAAUUUAUUUGUGCAUCGCGAUACACCUGAAGAUAACCCAGAUGUACCUUUCGAGUUUACACCAGAAAAUCAAAAACGGGUAGAGGCCAUCUUGAGUAUCUAUCCAGAAGGUCAUAAACGCGGUGCUUUAAUACCAUUAUUGGAUUUGGCACAACGCCAAUACGGAUGGCUACCCAUUUCGGCCAUGCAUAAAGUAGCGGAGAUUUUAGGUUUACCUAAUAUGCGUGUCUAUGAAGUGGCCACGUUCUAUACGAUGUUUAUGCGUAAGCCAACUGGUAAAUAUCAUAUACAAGUCUGCACUACCACACCUUGUUGGCUAAGAGGAUCCGAUGAUAUUUUAGCCACUUGCAAGAAAUCAUUGGGUAUUGGUGUCGGCGAAACUACAAAGGAUAUGAAAUUUACUAUUAGUGAAGUUGAAUGUUUGGGAGCUUGCGUCAAUGCACCUAUGAUCGCCAUUAAUGAUGAUUAUUAUGAGGAUUUAACUAACAAAGACAUGGAUGAAAUUUUAGCGGACUGUAAAGCAGACCGGGUUCCACGUGCUGGUCCCCGUAACGGUCGCUUUGCAAGUGAACCGAAAGGAAAUCCGACUUCAUUGACUGAGGAACCCAAAGGGCCCGGUUUCGGUCUUCAGGCGGGCCUUUAAAUUUAUAAAUUAUAAUUAAUCCAUAAUUAAACACAUUAAAUAGUUUUUUGUUUUUAUUGCUAAUGGAACUAAUGUUUGAAUCGGUUAUUCGAUCGACAGUUUGCUUGUUCCUAAAUUUUUCAAAAAUAAAUUAUUGAAAAUUUAUUAAGAGAGAUCGAGAA